AUGCCCAAAACGGUAAGACCCGUGAUCUCUUAUUCCUAAAUGUGUCUCAAACGUCUUUUCCUGGUUUGAGUUCGACAGGAAGUUUGUAACUCUUAUCUGUUUGAACAUUUAUACUUGAUUAUACACGGAGAAGGAUGAAAAAAGAAAGGUUAGAUGAUGUUUAUGUCACUUUUUUUGUGUGUUUGAGCUGGUGAGCUACUUCUAAGAGGCACCUAUCCGUCUUGACAUUUACUCAUUAACCAAAUGUAGAGUUUGACCCACACUGCACACAUUCACAGCAGCAAGAAAAGCAACAUGAUGGCUAGAAAUGGACCUUGAAGGGUCACGGUUUUUAAGGAUUUUACCAGUGAUCACUCAUGUUAUUGUUGCAUGAAGUUGAAAGGAAUAAUCAAACAUAACUCCCGUGUUUUCUUUCUGUAAGAUCUUUGGGUAGUGUCACCUAAAAAACCUGCAUCAGUCUGGAAAGAAAGGCCUGGCUUUGCAUAACGUCUAUGAUAUUCUGCUUACACCAAAAACCUAAAUAGAAAGACUUUCUCCAGUGGUAGUGAACAUGUUAAACCAGCUCUAAACUGAUCAAAUUUACAAGUCAUGGCACCAGAAAUGGCUUUAGUUGUUCAGGAAAACGCCUAAAUAUAAUCAUGCACUGAUUUAGAGUUUGAAUUUGAAGAUCUCACAUCUAAAAAAAGCUAAUUUCAAGCCUGGAAAUAUCGACAAAAGACCUUCAAAGCUGGGUGUAGAGAAAUAUUGAUAGAAAUGGAUUGCAGCUCCAUUAUGGUGAUUAGCACAGUUAAUGAUUUAGAGAAAAGGUGUUCGCUAGCAGUCAGGAAUGCCUUACUGUGCGCCUGCUGCGACCACAGAAAGUGGAAACAGUUGAGAAACAUGCUGGAUGUUUCAUAAACGGAUGUUCCAGUUUUUGUCGCCAGAGUUUCAGUGGGUUUUUUUUUUAUCUUUAUGACAGCUAGGGUGUGCUCGAGUGUGGCUUCAUAAACUGAUUGUGUAACUUCUACAACCCCAUCCUGGCCUGCAAACACGGGGUCAUGUAGUUGUCGUGCAUUUUGGGAAAUAUUGUAAAUCAGUCCCUUUUAAAUCUCGAAGGAAAUUCAUUCAAGAAACACUCAAGGGUCGGAUUGAUGCCCCUGUCUGGUUUAUUAAGAUGUUGCAAAGCCCUUGAUAAGACUGAAGGCAAUUUGGCAAGCAGCGAGUAUUUUGAUAUUUAAUCUGUGCAGCCUUAUGGUACCUUGAAGGAUAGUCCAAAGUCUAAUGAGAUAGUGAGCAAUUAUGGUUUAUGAACAAUCCACCUCACAGCUCCACCAGAGAGGAAUCCUUCACACAACUGAAUAUAUAACCUGAGUUUUUUACUGCUAAAAAAGGGGUCAUGGUCAGAUUAGACAGCAGCGGAUCAUUUAACUGUCAAUGGAUUCAGAUUUAUGUCAGGGUAUGAAUGUUUAACACAUGAGAUGAAUGGAAAUAAGAGGAUUAAGUAAUUGUUUCUAAAAUUACAAUCUUUCUCAUCACGUGACCAAAUGACCUUUUCGCUGCAGGUCAAUGUGCGCAUCACCACGAUGGACGCGGAGCUGGAGUUCUCCUUCCAUCCCAACACGACAGGGAGGCAGCUCUUUGACCAGGUCUGUAUGAGAAACACAAAAAUUAUUGGUAGUUAAAGAUGUCAUGACACAAGAACCACCUUAGGUAUCCAGACAGUUUAGGUCAACCAGAUGAAUCUAUCAAAGGUUGUUUUAUUGAGGAGUUAAAUUAUCUUUUGCUCAUUCCACAACAUAAAACAAUACAAUACAAUACAAUCAGCUACAAAGUGACACUAUACCAUACAAUACGAUACAAUGCAAUACGAUACGAUAUGAUAAGAUAUGAUAUGAAAUGAUAAGAUACGAUACAAAAAACCCCCAAAUAAACGAUACAAUAACAUAUGAUAUAAUGCAAUACGAUAUGAAAUGAUACAAUAUGAUAUGAUAUGAUACAAUAUGUUACAAUACCAUAGGAUACAAAUUGAUAUGAUACGAAAUGAUACCAUACAAUACAAAACAAACGAUACAGUACGAUAUGAUUUAAUAUAAUGGGAUAUGAUACAAAACAAAACAAUAUGAUACAGUUUGUUACAAUAGGAUACAAAACAAUACCAAAAGAUAUGAUAUGAUACAAUACGAUACAGUUCAAUAUAAUGCGAUAUGAUACAAAAUAAUACAAUAUGGUAUGAUACGAAACGAUAUGAUACAGUUUGUUACAAUACGAUAGGAUACAAAACGAUACGAAAAGAUAUGAUACAAUACGAUAUGAUAAUCCAAAAUACAAUAGGAUACGAAAGAUAGGAUAGGAUACAAAACAAUACAAUACGAUAUGCUAUAUAUUACAAUAUGCAAUAGUACAAUGCAAUACACUACAAAUGGAAAUAAUAUGAUAUGACUUGACACAAUACGCCACCAUCCCAUACCAUAUGAUGCAAUGUUUUAUAUGAUACUUUAUGAUUUGGUAUCAUACAGUCCAUUACAGUAUGAUAUGGUAAGAUAUGAUUUUGAGUUUUGUUAUGAUGAUACAAUGUGAUAUGAUACUAUACAAUAUGAUAUGGUACAAAAUGUUGAAAUAUGAGACAGUGUUAUGAUAUAUAAUACGAUAUGAUAAAAUACUAUGAUACAAUAAGAUUUGCUACUGCUGUAUACAACAGGACACAACACUGUAUGAUAUGAGAGACACAAUAAGAUACAAUAUGAUACAUCAGGGUGUCACAUAAUAUGAUAGGACAUGACGGGAGAUGAGAUACAUUGUGAUAUGAAAUGAUAUAUGACAAGAAAAAAAAUGACAAAAUAUAAGUGACUUUUAGAGAAAUGACAAAUGAGAUGACAGACAAUUGAAUUUCCCUUCAGGGAUUAAUAAAGUUCUUAUUCUUAUUCUUAUAUGGCACAAUACCUUAAAACUGUUGAAGUUACAACACUCAAUGCUGUUAUUAUAUCAGUGUGUUAAACUACUACACUCACAUCAAAGCAACAUUUUGAUUUAUAGUCAAAAGUUUAUGUUGUAUUUGGGUUUUUUAGUCCGUCUCUUGAUUUCCUUCUCAAACUGGUACAAAUCUGUCACAAAUUCCCCAGACAAUGAGGCAGCCCUGUGUGUACCUGAAAGGUUUACUUAUGAAUACACUCAACCCAAAGGCUAAAUUAUCAUUAACUUGUACCGGGAGGUGACAUCACCCCCUGACUGUGAUAUCCUCUUUCCAUGGAGCUCCUUGUAUGGUGUUCGAUCACUUAAACCUUUGUACUUUACAAGAAUCCAGCUUGUGAUAACGUUUAUGCCCCACCUCAGCUAAAGGUAUUGUCUUAUAAGAAGAGACCAGUGUACAUGAGGGUGCUGGAUCAGGAAUUCAGAUCUUUCUCAUGGUUAAAGGUGCCAAAAAACUGAAGGGUAAAAGCACAAGAAGGAAAAAAAUGGUUGAGCCAAAAAAGGUUUAAAUGGAAAAGUUAAAUUAUUGAACAGUUUAGACACAAAAGCAAAAGACAAACUUCAUUCUGUUGAAGAAAUUGUCCAAAAAGGAUUUUGAUAAAGAUGAACAAUUGUGAUAGCCUGCUAUGUCUGAAUUUGUUGCUUUGGUUUCCUUCUUGUUGUUUAUCUUUUAUUGCCUAUUAUUUCAUUAACAUGUUAGAAAAAAGAUUUACUUCAGUCAGUCAUUUUGAUUUUCAGUUAAUUAAAUUAAGCACUUUGACGUAUUUAAGAUAAUUUUAAACUGCACCUAAAAACAACUGUGCAACAAAUGUUUCCUGGAAAAAAAAAUAAAUAAAUUUGAUGCCAUCCUGAAAACACUCAGCAUAAAUGUUGUUACACAAAAGGGGAAACAGUAUUGUAUCAUAUUGUAUUUUAUUAUACCAAAUUCUAUUGUGUUAUAUAAAAUCCUUUCUUACAAUACUGCUCUAUAGUUAAUUAAAUGUAACUGUAUCAAAGGGUAUUGUAUCUUAUCAUAUCAUAUUGUAACGUAUAUUGUAUCGUAUAUGUUAUUGUAUAAGUUAUCAUCUAUCGUAUCAUAUAUUGUAUUGUAUCAUGUAUGAUAGCCUAUAUUGUAUUGUAUCUGUUAUCAUAUAUUGUAUCAAAGGGUAUUGUAUCUUAUCAUAUCAUUAUGUUUCGUGUAUCGUAUCGUACAUCGUAUCGUAUCGUUUAUUGUAUUGUAUAUUGUAUCGUAUAUCAUAUCAUAUAUUAUAUCAAAGGCUAUCGUAUCUUAUCAUAUCAUAUUGUAUCGUAUUGUAUAUCUUAUCGUAUAUUGUAUCAUAUAUCAUAUUAUUGUACAUUGUAUCGUAUCAUUUCAUAUUCUAUUGUAUUUUAUUGCAUCAAGUCUUAUCUCACUAUAUUGUUCAAUGUGAUAUUGUAUCACAUCGCAGAGUAUCACAUCAUACCAACUCACAUAUAAUUGUAUCACAUUAUCUUAUAUCUCAUAUCAUACCAUAUUGCAUUGGAUCCUAUGUAUUGUAUGGUAUUUAGGGUAUUUAGGGUGUAGUAUCUUGUUUUCAUAGUACCCUAUUGUUUCUCAUGUACUGAAGUUUACUGUUUGUUGUUUCUCAUCACGUUAUAGUUUAGUCUUGUGGUUUAAUAUAAUAUGAUAAAAUAUUUCAUGUUGAAUCAUUCUGUAUCACCGUCAUAUAACAUCUCAUUGCUGCGUAUGAUAUCAUAUUAUUGUCCUGUAUAUCUUCUCAUAAUAUCACUCUAUAUUUGGUGAUAUCAUAUGGUAAAGUAUAUGUAUCCCAUGGUAUCUUGUCAGCUCUUCUCUCUUAUUCUCCACUCCUCUGUCUCAGGUUGCCAGGACGAUCGGACUGCGUGAAGUUUGGUUCUUCGGGCUGCAGUUUGUUGACGUCAGAGGUUUCGUCACAUGGCUGAACCCUGACAAGAAGGUAAAGAUGUUUAUUAAUAACUUUGGUUUUACCUUCCUCUGCUUCACUGUGCUGUAUUUGCCCUUUGAUAUGCACUAUAACUGAAGAUUGGAUUCAACAUCACGAUGAUAAGCUAUGAUUUGAUAAGAUUUGAUAUUAUACAACAAUGUGAGUGAAGAUUUGAUACAUAGCCGACACAACAAGAUAUGAUACACAUAUAAGAUAUGAGACAAUACAGUGUGAUAUGACAGGAGGAUAUAAUACAACAUGAUAAUCCCAAUUUUCUCUGCUCAGGUGAUGUCCCAGGAACCAAAGAAGGAGACCCCCCUGCAGUUCAAGCUCAGGGCCAAGUAUUACCCCGAGGAAGUGGUCGAAGAGCUGAUCCAGGACAUCACCCGGAGGCUCUUCUUCCUGCAGGUGAAGGAGGACAUCUUGGCGGAUAACGUGUACUGUCCACCAGAGACCGCCGUGCUGCUGGCCUCCUACGCCAUCCAGGCCAAGUAUGGAGACUUCGACAGGUCGGAUCACCAGAAGGGUUACCUGGGCUCUGAGCACCUUCUGCCAAAGAGGUGAGUGUGAGGUGACUGGAGGUGGUUUAGAGGUUUCAGACAACUAAACGGUCAGCAUGUAUAACAGUCUGACUACUUAAUGCUGAAAUAAGUGCAAAAAAGUUUAUAAAAAUGAUAGAUUGAUCAACUUUAGAUUUCGUAAACGAUCCAGAAAAUCGACUCAUAAUGCCCUGAGACGCUUUCUCCAGUGUGUUGCUGACUCCUCAUCUCUCCCCUCAGAGUGCUGGACCAACACAAGCUGUCCAAAGACCAGUGGGAGGAGAGGAUCCAGGUUUGGCACGAGGAGCACAGAUACAUGCUGAAGUAAGCUUUUUAUGCUCGGACAGAAACAUCCUGUUUGAACAUGACUUUACUCACUAUCCUGUCUCUCUCUCUCUGUAUCUAAUAAUCUACUUACAAUUAUGAACAUCUGAGUGUUUGCGUGUUUCCGAACAGGGAGGAGGCCAUGAUCGAGUAUCUGAAGAUCGCCCAGGACCUGGAAAUGUACGGCGUGAACUACUUUGACAUCAAGAACAAGAAGGGCACGGAGCUGUGGCUGGGAGUGGACGCUCUUGGACUGAACAUCUACGAGAAGCAGGACAAGUAAAGCAACAAACCUGUGACGUAACCCGAUGGUCAAACAGCACCUGAGAGCCCCCCCCUCCAUAACAUCACAUGUGCAGCUUGUAUUGAUCUCAAACAGGGUGCACACGAGCAGUCGUUGACCUCCGCUAACCUCCCCACGAGUUUUAAAUAACAUCUGAACGACUGGCUGUUGUUGACCCAGUUACCCAGAAUGCACCGCUAAAAUUUGUCUAAUCAUCCUUUUGUUUUUUUUUCUUUCCAGGCUGACUCCAAAGAUCGGAUUCCCGUGGAGUGAAAUCAAAAACAUUUCUUUCAGUGAUAGGAAAUUCAUCAUCAAGCCCAUAGAUAAGAAAUCGACUGUAAGUAUUUAUAGACGAAUCGAACCCUCAGUAAAGCGUCUGCAAUGAUAAGCAUUUAAACUAUAACUUAAAGCACCUGUAAGUAGUUUUCUGACAUUUAGGGAGUAGACUGAAAUUCAUAUAGAUGUCACAGCAAACUGUGAUUGUGGCACAAAGCACUCCUUUCAAAUGCAGCGUCAAAUAAAGAUACUCUUUCAACAUCAAGAUCUUCCUAGUUCUCUAAAUUAAACUGUCUCCUUUGGUUUUUGUCGUUUUUCAGGAUUUCAUUUUCUACGCUGCAAGACUGCGAGUGAACAAAGGCAUCCUGCAGCUCUGCAUGGGGAACCACAACCUGUACCUGCGCCGCCGCAAGACCGACACCAUCGAGGUUCAGCAGAUGAAGGCUCAGGCCAAACAGGAGAGGCUGCAGAAGAGGAUGGAGAGGUAUGACGAAGAGCCUGUCGGCUUUAAAAAUGAGUCAUUUUCAGGUGUAGAUGAUUGAAAUUCAGGAUGUGGUUGUUUUGUCUAUGUGUGUCUGCAGGGAUCAGCUGGAGAGCGAGAAGAAGAGGAGGGAAGCCAUCGAGACGGAGAAGGAGAACAUGGAGAGAGAAAAGCGGGAGCUGAUGCUGAAGCUGUACGAGUACGAAGAGACGACCAAGAGAGCAGAGAGAGGUGAGGUGGACAUGACUCAGACAGACAGUUUACAUAGUUAUUAAUAGUUCAAACUUCAGCACCAGACGUGACUUUGCUGCCCUCUUCUGUCUGUUUGAUUGAAAUACAUUUUAAAAAAUUACUUUACUAGUUAUAUUUCAAUCUCAACGUCUUUUGAGAAAGAAUAGAAACCUUCACCCUUGUUGCACACAGUCUAAAAUAAGGAGAAACUCAGGGUUGACAGGUGUAAACUGAUUCAUCGAAGGAGCAAGAGUCUUUUUUCUUGAUUCAAAUAUCCACAUUUUUUCAUCCCAGAAAGCACUGCUGAGUUUCCUCCACGUAAUGUGUGUUUAAGUUGAUCAUUUUCCCGUCUGAUUUCAUCCUCCAGAUCUUCAGGAGCAGCUGGAGAAGGCCAUGAGGCUGGAGGAGGAGAGGAGGAGGGUGGAGCAGGAGGCGGCCCGGCUGGAGACUGAGAGGAUGGAGGCCAUAAUCGCCAAGGAGGAGCUGGCCAGGCAGGCGGAGGACCAGAUAAAGACCCAGGAGCAGCUGGUGGGUACACUUUGCGAGAUGUACUCAAACAUUACACGUGAGAGAGUCCCCAGAGAGAAAAACAGUCGUUGAAAAGUAAAGCCUCGACAUUCAGGGUAAACAUCUAUUCUAUCACAAGUCUAGUUCUUAUUUCUUCCCAACAAUUUAAAUUAAAAGUUUAUUUAAUCCUUAAUCACUAAACACAAUAAGCUCCUUCUUUUUAGAUCUUAAAGUUGAAGCUGCUGGGAUUAUGAACAGAUAUUUUUAAAUCACAGAACAAUCAGAUGUUCUUGUACUGAAUGUCUUCAUCCCAGGCUGCUGAGGUGGAAGAGAGCCUGAUAAAGGUGAAAGAGGAGCUGACAUCAGCCUUUCUCCUCCUCCUCCUCCUCCUCUUCCUCCCUCUCCUCCCCUAUAGGCUGCAGAGUUGGCCGAGUACAGCGCCAAGAUCCUCGUGCUGGAGGAGGCCAAGAGAGUCAAAGAGGAAGAGGCUGAGUCAUGGCACAGCAAGGUGGGUCUCCAACACGCUUUCAAAGGACGUACCUGAGAGGUCACGGGGAUUAUCAGGAAAACGUUCAAGUCAUUUUUCUAUCACAAGUCUUAUUUUUAUUUCUUCCCAACAAUUUGAAUUAAAAGUUUAUUUAAUCCUUAAUCACAAACAUAAGCUCCUUCUUUUUAGAUCUUAAAGUUGAAGCUGCUGAAUGAACAGAUAUUACAUUUAAAGAAAGAAAAUAAAACACAGAACAAUCAGAUGUUCUUGUACUGAAUGUAAAAAAAUUUACCACGAUACUUAACUGAGUCUCAUCUUCGUCCCAGGCUGCCGAGGUGGAAGAGAGUCUGAUAAAGGUGAAGGAGGAGCUGAUCACCGUGAGGACCUCUUCUAGCGCAACUCCUCCUCCCGCUCCGGCCUCCUCCUCUUCAUCCUCUUCCUCAGACAGCGAGAGCGACCAUGAGCACAGCGAGGAGCAGAGCACCUACAGCGCCGAGCUGCAGGGCAUCAACGACCACCGCGAGGAGGAGGAGCGAGUCACCGAGGCCGAGAAGAACGAGCGCCUGAAGAGACAGCUGCUGGUGAGUUCAGGGUUUCAGGAAUUUCGUAAACAGUGGAAAGAGUUCUUCUGCCUUAGCAUCUCCCUGAUUUUGGAAUCAAUCAUUUGUAUUUACAGCCCUAACACAAACACACAAUCACAAUUUCCUGACAAAGAGCUAAUCGAGUCAAACAAAUUAGUUUUAGGGAAUUAAUGAGAGUUAUUACAGACAGAUUUAUUAGCACCAACGAUGAGAAAGGGAUGUAACCCAUCUUCAUUUCUCAUAGAGGUUGAUUUGUCAUGAAAGCAACUAGAUCUAUGAGACCAUUUAUUGCAGUCUCCUUAAUCAGGGUUAGACACCUGGUUGAGCAAAAACACUCAACAUACAAAAUCAAGUGCAAAUAUCAAUCAAACAUCCGAUAUAGAAACAAAUAUGCCAAACAGAAAAGCUAAAUUAAUGACCUGGUUCUGCAGAGGUUAUUUGAGGAUGGAGGAGUUUGUUCUGAACAAGUUUUUAGAUUUGUUGAACACCACCACCGAGACAAAAAAAAGAGAAUUGCGAGAAAGUCUGAAUUUGAGUAUUUUUAGCGCGACAGUCUGAGAGGAGUGUGUCUCCAGCGAGUUAAUAACCAGAGUCUCUUUCUUUUUCCACAGGCCCUGAGCUCAGAGCUGGCAGACUCCAGACACGAUAGCAAGAAGACCCAGAUGGAUCUCCUCCACGCCGAGAACGUCCGAGCUGGCCGCGACAAGUACAAGACCCUGCGUCAGAUCCGUCAGGGCAACACCAAGCAGAGGAUCGAUGAGUUUGAGGCCUUGUAG